UAUGAAUUCAUUUAUUCAAUGUUUCAUACAAUAGGCUAUUAAAAUGUCUAUAUCAGAGAUCUAUGGUUAGGAAAUUCCAAAAAUAUUUGAAAUCAAUACUCUCCUUAUGAUAACUUUCAUAUUGUUAUUUGUCUGGAGGAUUGUGACAUUGAAAACUAAAUCGAUUGCAAAUCCACUCAGAAUCCUUGUCAUUUCUACUUUAAAACUAAUCCAUUAUGUUUCAUCACUUUAUAGUCUUAUCAUGUUUUCAUUUUUGAUGUAAGUUUCUUUUAUAUCAUAAGUUCAUACGUGGCAGAUUAAUUGGCUUUUAAGAAUUUUAACAAAAUUAAACUCACGCAAUUCUUCUUUGUUAUCAUUAUAUUCUUAUGGGGAACAAAUAUUAACUUGUUUUCACUUACUAUAGUAACACUUAUUGAAAAAGUUACUAAGAAACUUAUUUAAUAACAUUCCAAUUAAAAAGAAGAUGAGAUUUCAACCAUAUUAUCCUAUGUUUUAGCUUUAGCAAUAAUCCUUACAAUAUCCAUCUAUGAAGUAUUAUCAUUCUCCUAAUUCCAUAGAUAUUUGCAUCAGAAGAAUUAGUAGGAUUCAAUAUCAUUGAAUUCCCAAUGUUUAAUUUGUUAAUGAUAGCUUUAUUCUUAUUGGCUAUCUAAAAGAUAACCUACAAUAUAAAUAAAGAAUAACCUAACAAAUUUAUAGGUAUUAUUAUGUGUCUCUUAUUUUUGAUUUAUGAAUUGGAAAAUAAAGGAUUUGAUCCAUUCAACCAUUAAAUAAUGUGGAUAAGUCUUCUUGUUUUAGCUAUCUUAAACCUCUUUGAAAAUUAAGAACAAGAAAUACAAUUAGUCUAAACUAAUCCAAUAUUUUUAGAUAAUGAGAUAUCAUUCCAAGCUUUCUUAAAUCAUCUAUCAAAUAAUCAAGAUUCCAAGAAAUUGAUGAUUCAACUCUCUCUUAAUUUUUCUUUCAUGUUUGUUGAAUUAAUCUAUGGUUGGAUUAGUAAUAGUUUAGGAUUGAUUACAGAUUCACUACACAUGCUUAUAGAUUCAAGUGCCUUAGCCAUAGCUUUAUUUGCUAGUUUUAUGGCUAAAAGAAAAGCUAAUUCUACAUACACUUUUGGAUAUGAGAGAGUUGAAAUAUUAUCUGGAUAUGCUAAUGGUGUAUUCCUUUUAUUUGCAGUGGUUGAAAUCAUCUCAGAAUCCUUUGAAAGAGUUAUUACUCCUUAAGAAGUACUUCCUGAAAAAAUGUUGGUUGUAUCAUUCCUUGGAUUAAUAGUCAAUGUUAUUGGAUUGUUUUUCUUUCAUAAUCAUGGACAUAUACAUUCAGAAGAAGUUGAUGAACAAUUGGAAGAAAAACAUCAUCAUCAUUGUUCUCAUCAUCACGAUCAUAAUCAUAAUUUAUCAGGUGUAUACUUACAUAUUCUUGCUGAUGCUUUAGGUAGUGUUGCAUGCAUUAUUUCUGCUUUGCUUAUUUAUUACUAUUAAUUUCAUAUGGCUGAUCCUAUAGCUUCCAUUAUUAUUUCAUUACUUAUUCUUACAACCACAAUUACCUUACUUAAAGAUACUAGUAAAAUAUUAUUAAUGCAUGUACCUUAUUCAGGGAAAAAAGUUCUUGCUGCCAUUUCUCAUGAUGUAUAUAAUUUAAUCAAAAAUUUUUAGCUAAAUCAUCGAGGUUUUGAACCUUAAGAAAUGAAAUUAUGGUAAUAUAAAGAAAAAAAAUUAGUUUUUACAGCUAGAUUUCAAAUCAAGCAUGAAGAUGAAGCUAAAAUAAAAUCAGAUAUAGAUGGUAUUGUUUCAAAACACAAAGAAGUUGUAAUUAAUGCAAUUGAUUUUGAUUAUGUUGACUGA